GCCCGGUCUCCUGGGCGGCCGAGCGCUUACGCUCCUCGCACACAGCGCGCCGCUCUCAGGGCGCGCGGGGCGGCAGAGCGGCUGGCCGGGCAGGGCAGAGCCGGGGGCGGCGAUGCGUUGGCGCCGGCCAAGCCCUCGGGAGCCUCGUCCGCCGCCGCCGCCGCAAGAUGCCCGGGAAGCUCCAGAACCGCUACAACCUGGUGGACGACGCGGGGGACGCGCGGGUGCCGCUGCACAACGAGGAAGCCUUCCAACACGGCAUCCACUUCCAGGCCAAGUACAUUGGUAGCUUGGACGUGCCAAGACCCAACAGCCGUAUGGAGAUUGUGGCCGCCAUGAGAAGAAUCCGGUAUGAGUUUAAAGCGAAGAACGUGAAGAAGAGGAAAGUCAACAUCGUGGUCUCCGUGGACGGGGUGAAGGUACUGCUGCGGAAGAAGCCAAAGAGGAAGGAAUGGACCUGGGAUGAAGGCAAAGUGCUGGUGAUGCAUGACCCCGUCUAUCGGAUCUUUUACGUCUCUCAUGACUCCCAAGAUCUCAAGAUCUUCAGCUACAUCGCCAGGGACGGCACCAACAACUCCUUCCGCUGCAACGUUUUCAAGUCCAAGAAGAAGACCCAGGCGAUGCGCGUGGUGCGGACGGUGGGCCAAGCUUUCGAGGUGUGCCAUAAACUCAGCCUGCAGCACGCCCUCCAAAAUGCGGAUGGGCAAGCCGACGGUGCCAGCAACAACUCUGCCGAAGGCGCUCAGGUAGAAGGUCUCCAACCCUCAGAACAAGCCUUGGCUGACCAAGACCUCGGCUUGGCUGGGUCGCUAGGGGUCUGCCUGCCUGACUGCGGGGUCUGCGAGCUGCCUUUCUCUGUGCCUGACCUGGGAGAGCUGGACAAUGGGCUCAGCCUCAAGGCGAAGGACAGCCAGGAAAAGGAGAACGGCGGUUUCCGGCCCUCCUCCGCCCAGCCCCUCGGCAGCACGGGGAGCCCUUCGUCCUCCGCCUCGGCCACCCCACUUGCCUCCCAGCACUGCCUGCAGCUGCUCCAACACCAGCUCUUCCAGCAGCAACAGCAGACGCAGGUGGCAGUUGCACAGGUGCAGCUGCUAGAGGACCAGCUCUCCGCCGAGACCACGGCCCGCGUGGAGGCCCAGGCGCGUGUCCGCCAGCUGCUCCUGACCAACCGCGAUCUCCUUCAACAUGUCUCCUUGCUGGUGAGGCAACUGAAGGAGCUGGAGAUCAAGGUCCAGCUGCGGCGUCCAGUUGAACGUUCCUUGCAGAACCUGAGCUCCGAGCACCCGCUGUCCCUUAACCUGAAGGACCACUACAGUCUGGAACUCAACCUGUCUUCCACCUCAACACCAGCCAGCAUCGUGGGCAGCCCCACGACACACCUAGCUUCUUAUGAAUCCCACCAGAACUUGACCAACUUGGAGAUGGGUGGUAGCGGAUUGUCUGGCAGGCUGGAGAAACAGGAACACCUGGCGAUUCUGGAAGGGCCCGACGGGCUCCGCAGCGUGGAGGGAUCUGAGGCAGAUGAAUGCAGUGGACCCAAUGGAAGCACGCAACCGACUUCCAGUGGUCCAGAUGCCCUGAGGCUGAAGGAAAGGUUGCAGCUGUUUAUCCCCAAGCUGAAUCCACCUCCACCGUCCUUGCGAAGGAGGUCAAGUAAAACCAUCUCUCCCAGCUCAGAGGCAGAGAAGAUCGGAGCGUCUUCCAGGGCCGCCCCUGAACCCUCCAUGCUCAGCAGCCCAGGCGUCUUGUCUAGGCCCGAGUCUGAAGCCAGGAUGCUGGGAGGAAGCCAGAACGCCAGUGCCCGUGCCAAAACCCAAGGCCAGGAGAGUGUUGGGCGGCCAACAGAAGCCCGUAUGUGGGUGGAAGCAGCUGAGAACUGGGGUGCCUCACAGCCCUUCUUGAGCAUCGACGAAACCUGCCUGCACAUCAGUCUGUCCGAGGAUGAGCUUGACCGGAAGGGGAGCUGUGUUGCUCACGCAUAGGAAUGCUCGAGGGACAGACCGCAGUUGAUUCGCUCUGCAAGGCAGAAAUCCUCAAAUGGAUUCACCGAAAGUAACCCGCAGAAGUUGGCCAUCUCAGAAGCAGGUGUCUUCCUCCAGAUACCAUCUGAAGCCUCCUAAGAAAUGUCACCCAACUUCUUGACAUGGUUGGCUGGUUUGCAGACUGUGAUACCCUCGUAAAGCAGUGAAGGCCCAUCGGGAAACGUUCUCAACAUCUUCACUCCCAUCUGGAGAGGACCUCAGUCCCGAUGGCUGAACAAAGAGCCCUGGCCAGAAAUUGCUCCCAAGGCUUGAAGGACAUCAAGAUAUCUCAGGGGCAAAGAUCAUUUCCACAUGGCCUAGAUAAUGCAAAAAAAGGUUCUACCGUUUGGUCAACAAAGGUCAACAUCUGAGAGAAAGCUAGUUCUAGUUGAGCUGUGAUUUCCAGAUAUCUCCAUGCAGAAGUUGACUCCUCCUGAACCAGCACGUUUAGAGCUGAGGGGGACACAUUGGGGCCAGGAUUUUGGAGCUAAAGAAACCUGGUGUGUCCCUCCAGAUGUCUCCUUCCUCCCUGUCUCCUUUAUCAGCUGAACUUCUGGGGUUCUACUGGAGAAGAUGGGAGUGGGGUAAUCAGGAGAAAAGCUGGUGUUUUUUUUUUAAAAAAAAUAGAGGUUUUAUUGGGUCCAAAGAGAGAGAUUCUGCAGAGAUUCAGGAAAUUUGGCCCAAGUAGCCAGAACCUGUGAUGCUCCCACCUGGGGUGAAGGCCAUCUGGGGUGAGGAGAGCCUGCGAUAGCUCCCACCACUAACCCAAACCCUCACUGAUACCAGGCGAGGGGGGAUAAACAGCCACCAGCAAGGAGCUGUUUGACAAUUUCACAACCUCGGAAAAGGACUGGACUUGCAUUUCGGGCGUCUGGUUCACGUGGAGCCCCAAAGAGUGACGCCUGCAGGGCUGAUGACCGUGAAAAGAGGGGGGAAAAGUCCAGGAUACGUUGCCAAAAGGGCCAGAUGUGGGGAGAGCCCUCCAAGGACCAGAAACGAGGCCUUCGUAGUAAAUGCCGGGCAGACACGCACGAAGGAGCUGACCAAAGGGAUGGAACUGUGCGAAGAGUCACUAUGUAGGAAGGAGUGCAUGUGUGUGUGUAAGAGAGAGAGAGAGAAGAGAACGGGAAGGAAGGAAGGAAAGGAAGGAAAGGAAAGAAGGGAGGGGGGAAAGAAGGGAGGGAGGAAGGAAGGAAAGGAAAGAAAGAAGGGAGGGAGGAAAGAAGACUAGGAAUGCACCCUGUGUCAAGUUAUCCCCAACCGGGAGGCAAAAUGGCAGCUUCACAACCGACAACCGGGGUUGCCCACAUCCAAAUAUAAACCACACUCCCUCCUGUGCCCAUGAAGCACAGACUGAACAUUUUCUGAUGCUGCCAAUAACAGAGAGAAAAAACACAAACACACCUGGAUCUGCAACACACACAUUUCUGACAGUCCCCCCGUCCCCCAAGGCAAGCCGUAGUUUCAGGGGUGCAAAUCCUGCCAUUGCAAGCAUUCGCCCCCCACCAGCAGUGUCCUUCCUCCCGCCGCCCAAGACAAAAAAAAAAAAAAAGAGAGAGAGGCCUUAACUUCUGAAUCCGAAGUUAGCUAUCCAUGUUUUCUCUGCAUUCCUCUUUUCCCCAAAGGGAGAAAGAAA